AAUCUCUUGUAGCAAUGGGUCAAGAAGUAAGCAAAUUUGCACGGACUGACCCAGUGGAAGGAAAUCAGACCAGUGGAGGCUAUGGAAGAAGACACGUAUCUGUUUGCUUUAGAGCAUCUAUGAAUAACCAAGACAGAGACGAAUGUUCAGACAAUGAAGACUGUGAACGACCAGAAAUGGGGGAAGUUCAUGGGAAUUCUUUAGCUUUCUGUGAAGGUUCAAGUCCACUGGUUCAAAUUUCUCCUGGUUUAUUAGAUGAGCCUGUGUUAGAAAAUAUUGGAACUGGAGAACCAAUUUGCCAAGUUGUAUCAAGCCAAACUUUGCGAGUGAACACGCCACUAUUUUCUCAACUCCCUCAUGUUCUGGAAAGCAACCCAAUUUCAAGGAACUUUAUGAAUCCAUAUGAAAAUUCUGAGGACCUUGCAGGGUAUGCAUCUGGAGGAUGUAAUAGUUUGAAUGGUCAGCAUCGAACUGCAUUUGCAAAUUUUGACUCAUGUGAGCCAGAUAGCAAAGAUAAAGAGGAAGAUGAUGCUCAACACAAAUUUCCUAUGGCAAGAGAAGAACCAGAUGCAUUUCAGCAAACACUAGAUAACAUACAUUCUGAGGCAAAGAAACACACACAGUCUUUUACGGGCUUAGAGUCCCAAUUUCAUGCAUUCAACCACAGUGCUUGUAGAGAAUAUUGCAAAGAAGUGGAACCAGUGCCUUUAACAAGAUGUUUUAGUAUGGAUUCAGACUUGGCUUGCCCAAACAGGACAUUUGAAUAUUCUACUGGAUUUGAAGCUAUACAAAGAAGUAACCUGAGUGGUGCCAGUUAUGAAACAGAGCAGAUACAAAAUAUAGUGGAUGUUGAAAUCGGAGCCCAUGCAUCAACUGCUAAUGAACUAGAUAUCAGUGGUGGAAGAACUGACCAAGGAAAAUCACCUGAGCCAGUCGUGAGACCCAAAAUAAGAAAACAAAACAUUGCAAACCAGUUGGAGAGAGAGAAUCUUCUUGAUGAUGAAGAUGAUGAUGGAGGGGAAAGUGGUUCUUGGAGGAGAACUGAAAUUGCUGAAGACCAACAGGGCCCGACUCGGUGUGCCUUGCAAAUUAGCAAAGAAAAUAAGAGUUCUAGUAUUUUCUUUGACUUAAGAGAAUGUGAAGAUCAUCAGAAGCACACAGAAUUAUACCUAAGGAGAAAUGCAGCAGCUCAUGAACAAAAUGUUUCAGAUGAUAGCACUUUUUGGGAUGCAUUUCAAGACUGCAGCAGACACUUCUCCGACAAAGAUGAGGACAGGUCAGAAUGCAGUGAUGGAGAAUGUUGUACACCUUUGCCUAGCUAUUUUACUUCUUCAGAAGACGAACAGCUCUCAAGCGAUGAGAGCUGGAAGACAGUCCAAUUGGGAGACGAAGAGGAGCCUGACGUGCAGAGCAGCACCAGUAGCACCAGCAGUAGUAGUAGUGAAGAGAGCACAGAAGAAGAUGCUCUCCAGGAAGAGGAAGAGGCAUCACUGGAGGAAGGAGAGCUUCCUUGGUUCCUGUACUGGGAAGAAGAAGAAGAAAGUAGUAGUGAUGAGGAAGAAUUUCUGCAUGGAGAUCUUGUGCCUCGUGCAUUCAUCUUGUUGGCUGCAGUUGACCCUGGUGAUGGCUCCAGUGCAAGUGAAGACCCAGACUACGAAUGGAGAGUGCUUGGUGAGAUUGGCGGCAACAUACCACAUCAAGUUGUUUCUGGCAUGGAUCCUCAGAUUGUUGCAGUUUUUGCUGUAGAGGGACACUUUCAGCAAGCCAUGGAGGUUGCCCUGGCACAGUUGGAGGCUAUCGCAUUUGAAAGUGACGAAGCAGCUCCACCAGCUACUACAGAAAUCAUAGAUGCUCUGCCGCACAUUGUUGUCACAGAUGACCAUGAUGAUGAAGAGAAUUGUUGUACUAUCUGUUGCAGUGAGUAUGAGGAAGGUCAAAUCAUGACCGAGCUACCCUGUCAUCAUUUCUUUCACAGACUCUGUGUAGCUACCUGGUUACAACAGUCUGGAACUUGUCCAAUUUGUCGUCAUGUGCUUGCACGUGUGCGUCCGGAAGCAGCUGUUGCCCCUGAUCCCAAUCCAGCUGAUCAUGUUCCAGAACCUCCUAGUAACGAUGAUGAAGAAGCUUCAAACUAG